AUGACCAGCAACAAUACACCCCACUCCACUCGGGAAGCCAAAGACUUUUCUCUCGAUUCUUUGGAUAUUGUGCCGCCCCACACACCGUCCCAAAUAUUCAUGACGUAUGAAAAGGCUCAGGAAACGAUCAACUUUAUUUAUAUGAUGAACAAGACUUUGUGGCAAAUGAUGCAGUACUGCGAUACCUGGACUGAGGGAAGCCACGACUUGAACAAAUUUAUUGAGCAAAUGGACAAGUCUUGUCAAGAAAUGGAGCCUCAGAGUGUGGAGGAAAUUGAGAAGCACAUUCUCUAUUUGGAGCAGUUCGGAGCAGUACAUCAGAAUCUCCACAGUCUGAUACAAUCGAGAGAUUCCCUGGUGCGUCUGAAGGCCCUGGUCUGUCUGAAAAGACAGUUGUACAGCCAAGUGUAUGCUCUAAUCGAAAACCAUCAUUUCCAAAAAGACAACUACUACAAAAUGCAGAAUCUGUGGUACGACUCAAAGUACUCGGAGAUUGCCCAAGCCAGAGGACGCAGUCUGUGUGCAGUCGACAAGUAUCGUAUCCGCAAGAAGUACCCAUGUCCCAAAACCAUAUGGGAUGGGCAACAUCGGUCACAUUCUUUCAAAGAUGACAUUCGGCGAGUACUCAAGGACAGUUACCUUCGUGACAACUACCCGAGUCCUUCGAAUAAAGUCGAGUUGGCCUCCUGCACAGGACUCACUGUCACGCAGGUGGGGAACUGGUUUAAGAAUAAGAGACAGCGAGACCGUUCAUCCAAAAGGUGA